UGCACACUGAUUUCCUCAUGGGCACACAACACAACCCAUGCAAAUUAACAUAGAAGCAAUCCGAUACAAAUAAACCUCACAUCGAAAGUGAAUUUGGACAUGUUGUGACUAAUGUGUAAAUGUCACAAAGGAGUCACUGGAGCGUGGUUCCUGCGCUGGCCGAGUGUCCAGCGCCAGUAGACGUCGGCAUCAUCCCGGCAGUGGAUGCUGGCCGCUCAGCACGGAACCACGCGCGAACAACAUCUGAUUGUUAUCUGCCGAAUACAAUUAUCGGAGUUAUCGAACAUUGUUACAUUCUAGAAUAAGAAAGUGGACAUCGCGAUCUUCGCCUGCAAUGGAAACAUAUCAGGAUGAAGAGGGCGCGCGCGCAGUGGACGCGGCGUUCCGCACCGUGCCGCGCGACCACACCGCCUUCCUCGUGUGGAAGAUCACCGAAGCGGGCACGGAGCUGCUCCCGCGCACGCACUACGGCACGUUCUACGACGCGGAGGCGUACCUCGCGUACUCCGCCUCGCUGCCGGGGCAGCCCGCCGGCCCCGACGUCAUUCGUCGAGAGAUAAAAGAAAACGGCAACGAGUACGCAGAGCGGCACAUCCACGCGUGGGGCGGCGAGCGCGGCGGGGCGCUGGGGGCGCUAGCGCUGCGGCGGGGCGCGCAGCUGGCGGCCCACCUUGGCGCCCCCGCCGUUGUGCACCGCGAGACCGCCACCAAGGAGUCGCCGCGACUGCUGUCGUACUUCCGCGAUGGUAUCAGGAUCCUCCGCAGCGGCUCCAACUCUCUCACCUCCUCGGUCCGGCUGUACCGCGUGCGCGGGCGCCGCCCAGUCCUCAUACAACUGGAGCCGGUGAGCUGGGCGCAGCUGGCCGCUGACGGAGUGUUUGUACUGGAUGCUCCCGCGCUGCUCGUGCUGUGGCUCGGACGGACCGCUAAUCUGGUGGAGAAGAUCUUUGGGGCUAAGAUCGCAUACCGCAUGGCGCGAGGGGCCGACAAAGGCAUGACGGCGCGGCGCAUCGCCAUCGCUCACGACGGGUACGAGAACACGCUGCCGCCCGCCGACCGCGCGCUGCUGGACGCGCUGCUCGAGCUGCGCGCGCGCGCCGUCCGGCCCGCCACUCCUAUAGCGGAGCCUCCCCGGCCGGCGCGCCUCUACAAGGCGACGCAGUCCCCGCGCCCCUCUCACCUGACCGCCCCCUCGCAGCGCCCCGCCGCCCGGCUCGAGGAGGUCAAGCGGGCACCGCUGUAUAGGAGCGACUUGGCUGACGAUGGAGUAUACAUAGUGGACGCGGGGUCCCGCGGCGUGUGGGCGUGGGUGGGCGCGGGCGCGGGGGCGGCGGCGGCGCGCGGGGCGCUGGCGGCGGCGCGCGGGCUGGCGCGGGCGCGGAGGCACCAGGGACCCGUCAGCGUCACGCCGGCUGGCAGAGAGCCGCUAGAAUUCGCAGCGCUAUUCAUGGGCUGGCGCUGGAGCGACCAGCGGCGCGAGGGCCGGCUGCGCGCCGCGCGCUGCGCCACCACGCGCCUCGACGCCGUCAGCCUCGCCACCAACUCCUGGCUCGCGGCCGAGACCCAACUGCCGGACGACGGGUCGGGCGCGCUGCGCGUGUGGCGCGUGCGUCACGUGACGUCACCUGACGACACCACUAUGACGUCGCCUGCAGACCAUUCCGUGACGUCAUCACAGGACCGUUCUGUGACGUCAUCGCUGGAGGAGCGGCCGGCGGGUGCGCUAGUGGAUGUGCCGCAGCCGCAAGCAGCGGUGUUCUUUGAUAGAGACUGCUACAUCGUGCUGUACACGUACCACGCGCCCACUGGGGACCAGUCCAUACUCUACUACUGGAUGGGUGGCUCUUCGCCAAAUGACUUGAGGAAUUUGGGUGCAAAAGAAGCCAAAGACCUCUACGUUAAGUUGGGGCGUCUUCCUGUCCAGGCUUGGGUGUACCAAGGCAAGGAACCGGCGCACUUCCUGCAGAUCUUCAAGGGGCGCAUGAUUACCUACGUCGGCAGCGCCACUGAUUAUGAUCCAUCAGAGCGCCGCGUGAUCCCGCCAUCGCGCGCGCUCAUCCGCGUCUCUGGCCAAUACAGCCGCGAGGCGCGCGGGGCCGAGGUGCGGGGUUCGGCUCCCGGCCGCGGCUCGUGCUACAUCCUGCGCGACGGCGCGCGCGCCUGGGUGUGGUGCGCCGCCACCGCCACCGGCGACGAGCGCGAGGUCGCCAAGAACAUGGCCGCGGCGCCGCACACGCUUGUUAUGCAAGGUAACGAGAAAGACGACCUGUGGGCGGUUCUGGGCGCGCGGCGCGGCUGGCUGCAGGCGGCGCCCCCGCGCGAGAUGGAGAAGCCGCUGCCGCCCCGACUGUUCUACGCCGCGAUGGGGGCGCCGGGGCAGUAUUCUUUCGAAGAAAUAAUCUCGUUCACUCAGUACGAGCUGUGCGCGGAGAUGGCGUGCGUGCUGGACGCGCACUGCGCGCUGUUCGUGUGGCUCGGCGCGCACGCCGGCCCGCGCGCGCGCGACCACGCGCUGCAGUUAGCACGCGCAUAUCUGGCGCAGGACCCGGCGGCGCGCGACAUGGAGACGCCGGUGCUGGUGCUGGCGCAGGGCCGCGAGCCGCCGCACUUCACCGGCUACUUCCCGCACUGGAAGCACAACAUGUGGAAGGGCCACAAAACAUUCAACGCGAUCAUCAGCGCGCUCGAAGGCAAGGCGAUAGUGCAGGGCGGCAACAGCGCGCUGCUGAGCGGCAACAGCGCGUUCCGCUUCGACCAGCACGAGAAGUACCCGCCGGCCGUGCUGCGCGGCGCGCGCGACCAGCUGCCGCCGGAUGUUGACCCGCUGGCUAAAGAGCUGUACCUGACGCACGACGACUUCGUGGCGACGUUCAGCAUGCCCUACACGGAGUUCCGCUCGCUGCCCGGCUGGAAGCAACGGGAACUCAAGAAGGCCGUCGGACUGUUCUGAACACACUACACACACAGUGUUCACUCUUACCACAAGCGGCGUAAGGACGCUGUUUGAACAACGCCCGAGGUAGAUCUGCCGUCUCUUUCUAAUCGGGAAUUUUAUAGAAACAGUCUGAAGCGGAGAUUCAUGAGAUGUUAUACUCGUAAUGUAAGUUAGAUUUUAAGUUAAUUUGAUCAGUAUUUUGAAUGCAAAAAGUUUAGUUGUAGUUUUAUAGACACUGUAGUCUUGUUUUUAGAAGAUUGCACAAGCACUCAAGGUGUUAGUUACACUGUAAUUAGGUACUAUUUUUAUCAGGACUUACUUCUAAACUGCAAUGUUUUUUCACAUCACGUUAUUGUCUCGUUGACUAAGUUAUUUCUAUUAGAACAGAAUGUUAAUUAAGUUCAGAUACUAUUUAUGCAUUUAUUUAUAAACGUUGUUAUUUUUAAAUCGUUAACCCAUUUGUUUUUGUUGAAAUCUAUGCAAUAAAUUUUAUAUGAUAGUAAUUCCAUGGUUUUUGUUAGAUUAUAUUUUGGUUACAUCAAUAAAAAACAUGGUUUUAAUUAAAAUGUUAUUUAUUUUCACAAAUGUAGCACUUAAAAGCUAGGCAUUAAUUUUAUGAUAAAAUUAAUAAUCUUUACAAUAUACAAAUUCCUUAAAAAAUCCAUAAAAUAUUGGUUUAUUUAAAAACAUAUGUACAUUACAACUAUUGAUACAUAACAUAGUCCUACGUGAUAUGGGCAUGGGCCGUAGCUAAGGCACGUGGGUAGUAUAUUGCAGUGUGUGGGAACAGCCUACACACACAGAAACAACAAUGACUCAAUUCCUUACCAUAUAUCCAUGUACGAAAUAAUAGAUUCAUCGAUAUUAUAUUAUUAACAUAAAAAUAUACCCACUAACUAUAAAAUUGUUAUACAAAAUGAACUAUCAGCAACAAGCUACUUGAGAAUAUCUUUACAGAUUAUGAGAAGCUAGCUAAGUUAGGAACUUACAACUGUAGCUGAUAAAUAACGUAUAUAAAUGUAAUGAAAUAUGUAGUAAUAAAUAAUUUACAUAAACAUGA